UCAAUAUAAAGUCGUGGAUAAAAGUUAGUUUAGUAAUGUCACAAUAAAUACAAGCAUGAAACGGAACGUUCUGCAGUAAACUGCAAUGACAUUAUGUCAAUAAAAUGUCAUUGUCAAAAACAUUUAAGGCCGUCCUUGUUUAUUUAUUUUUCGCGAAUUUAAAUUUUCGAUAUAAUAAUGUUAUUAUGAUUAAAUAAAUAUGUACAAACAAAUUAACUAUUACGGCACUACACUGUUUCUAUGUUUAAUUAUUUAUUUAGCGCGCUUAGUAUUAACUGAAAUAUUUGAAGACGAGAGUUUGCGAGUGGACGAAUGGUUAGAGCAGAACGAUCUAGCAGAUUACAAGAAACUAUUCAGAGAUUAUGGUAUCUCCACUCUGUCGGGAUGUGGUUCGCCGGACCACCUGGACCGGUUGCCGGAGCUCCCGGCGGCGGACGAGAAGCGCCUGCGCCGCGCCGCCCAUGUCCUGCAACAACGACUCGUGCUGCGCCAGUGGUUGUCGACGCACCGAUUGCAGCAUGCUUAUUCCAAAUUACUUAGUCUGGACGUGUCAUCUCUCGAAGAUGUGUACUGGCUCGAAGACUCGACCACGAGACACGUGCUGGAUCCCAAAGACUUCGGGGCGUGGUCGGCAGCGCGGCAGAGCUUGCCCACAGGAAAGGAGGCGUUGCAAACCCUCAAAUCGGAUCUCUGGAGCACUGUGGUGAAAAACAGCAAACAUCAGGACGCGUGGACAUGGGGGGGCAUGCUGGUGGUGUCGGUAUCUGUGUGCGGGCUGGUCACCCUGGCGGCCAUGACGCAGCCCUCGCUCGCGCCGGAGGCCAAGCACUCGCUGCUGCAGUACGUCACUGGGAAGUACUUGUACGCUCCCAGCUGUAAGGUGGAGUGGGGAUGGGAGGAGCCCCAGCAAGUGGGAGAAACCAUGUGCUUCACAGUGCUGUGUUUCCAACGGAACGGACAACCGUACCCGAUCUGUGAUACUGACGAUCUCGCCGUGUCGAUAACGCACGGGACUAGGAAAAUAACAGCGGUGAUGGAGCUGGGGUCCGAUGAUCCGGCGCAAGCGAACACGGCCCGUGUCAAGUUCACAGUUCGUACCGCCGGUGUAUAUACUAUUUCCGUUACAAUUGGCGGCGUGCCGACGUGCGGCAGCCCGUACCGGCGCUCGUUCUGCGCGGGCGGCGUGUGCGCACGCGCGUCUCGCGUGGCGCGGCCGCUGGCGGCGCUGGUGUGGGCGGCGGGCCACGCGCGCGCGCUGCACGUGCAGCCGCGCGAUAUCUAUGACAACCCCGCGCCGCUCGACGCUUCCGGCCAGGAGGGCUUCUCGAUCGCGAUUACACCGGUGGGCGGUGAGGUGGACAAGGAGCUGUCGUCCUCGGCGACGUUCGUGUACGACGCGGUGAACCAGCGCGUGACGAUGACGCUGACGUUCCCGCGCGCGGGCAUCUUCCGCGCCGCCGUCUACUACGAUGGCGGGCUGCUACUCAACGGGGAGUUCGACUGCAUCGUGCUUACAGCGAGCGACACUGCAACGGUGCAACGCAACAUUUCAUCGAAGCGACACAACAUUUGCUACGAGGCGCGCCUACUGAGUGGCGGCAAACCGCGUCGGGUACUCUGCUGCAUCAGUCCAAAACAGUUCAUUGUCAAGGACUAUAUACUUAAGUUCAUACCCAAGAGGAUCACGUCGUUUCGACUCUGUCCCAGUACGAAGCUCAUACUAGCCCCAACACCUGAGGGUUCAGGUCCCGGUGGGGAGUUCACGUUGGACGACGGAAUACAGCCUCCGCUGGAGAUGGUGUCACCUGAGCGAGAUCUCAUUGCCGCCACCUUCACACAAUUACUCAUUGCCAACUGCGGUGGUGAAGAUACCUUCAAGAACAAGCAGGAGUUCUUCUACAGCGAGGUGCGCAAGGCGCACGCGCGGCACGCGCACGACAAGGUGGCGCUGCGCGUGGCGCGCGCCGACCUGCUGCGCUCCAGCCUCAAGGCCACGCGCCACUUCUCGCUCGCCGACUGGUGCAAGAGCUUCGACGUCUCCUUCCAGGGCGAGCAGGGCGUGGACUGGGGCGGGGUGCGACGCGAAUGGUUCUCGCUGGUGUGCGGACAGCUGUUCGAUUCCCGCUUCGGCCUCUUUGUCUCUUUCAACGACUCACCCACGGGCCUCGUGCAUCCCAACCCUCACCGGCCACCGCAUCUCAAGCUGAAGUACUUCGAGCUGGCGGGCAAGCUGGUGGGCAAGUGCCUGUACGAGAGCGCGCUGGGCGGCAGCUACCGCCAGCUCGUGCGCGCGCGCCUCACGCGCUCCUUCCUCGCGCAGAUCAUCGGCCUGCGCGUCCACUACAAGUACUUCGAGCAGGACGACCCGGAGCUGUACCUGUCGAAGAUCAAGUACGUGCUCGAGACGGACCUGGACGCGCCGGAUGCGGCGGAGCUGUACUGGGCCGAGGAGGAGUACGACCACACCGGCCGCCUGCUUUACACGCACGACCUCGUGCCCAACGGCGCUUCCAUACGGGUGAACAACGCAACGAAGCUGCAGUACGUGGACGCGCUGGCGCAGUGGCGGCUGGCGGGCCGCUGCCGGCUCGAGACGGACGCGUUCCUGCGCGGCCUGACGUUGCUCGUGCCCGACCACCUGCUGGCCAUCUUCGACGAGAACGAGCUCGAGCUGCUCGUGUGCGGUACGGGCGAGCUGGCCGUCGGGGACUGGCGGGCCCACGCGCUGCUGGCGGGCGGCGGCCGCGACUGGCAGCGCCUGCUGGCGUGGUUCUGGGCCGCGCUCAACGCCUUCACGCCCGCCGAGCGCGCGCGCCUGCUGCAGUUCACCACCGGCUGCUCGCAGCUGCCGCCUGGCGGCUUCCAGGAGCUGAACCCGCGGUUCCAGAUCACGGCGGCGCCGACGUUCGGUGCGCUGCCGACGGCCCACACGUGCUUCAACCAGCUGUGCCUGCCCGACUACGACUCCUACGACCAGCUCGUGCACGCGCUGCUCUGGGCCAUCAACGAGGGCGGCGAGGGCUUCGGCAUGAUCUGAGCUGCUGCUGAAUCCGGCCCCUACAUGAUGGAAGCUACGAAGGUACUCGAUCGGUCCGCUUGGACAUGAAAGGUUGAUGAAGGAUGCGUAUCUGUUUUUAGACUUACACAUGUCGUUAAAUGUGUUAUUUGAAUGCGAGGUGUCUCCAAGUGCUGAUAUAGAGAGAGGAUGUACUCCCAGUAAUACACAUUCUGACCUUAAACAUUUUAAAAUCAUCGUUACCUUGUUUACAAGAAACGUCAGGUGUAAAAUACAUUUGAAAUUUAAUCUAAAUGCGUUAAUAAAUAUCGAAUCGAUAUUUAUUAGUUUAAUAAUGGUAGCACUGUUCCGUAUAACGUUUCCGAUAUGUUUUCUAAAAAAAUACCGAUAGAUUUAAAUUAUCGAGAAGUCGGUAACGGCGUGACGAUAAUAUAUUUUUUAAAAAUAAUAAAAAAAUCUCUGUUUUGCAGCGUCUUACAAUACAAAAGAAUGCAAAAUGCACUGCGUGUAUAGACACGUGGAUGACUGUUGUAAAAUGGUAAAAAUGAUGAUUGAUUUGUUAUUUAGGAUUCAAAGGUUGAUUUAAAUAGAUUCAAUCUGAACAAUAAAUCACUAAUAGUAAUUUAUUGUGCAAACUAUACAAAUAUUUAACACAGUUUAUAAAAAAAACACUUUGAUAUAAAUGAAAAAUAGUAUAGCAAGGCGCGGAUAAAUUGACAACAGCCAACUAAAGAGCUCUGUCAUGCUGGUUGCCGGACCAGUCCUUGGUUGGCAUAUGGAGCGCAAUUCCAGGGUCUGAUGAAAGUAUUAUAGUUUACAGUUCAGUAGAGAGAAUGUUGAAUUCCAAUAAAUCCACGGAAACUAAAGAAAAUCUAAAAAAAAAUCAAUAACAAAACCAAUAAAUAUUAUGAAAGUGACCACUCCUAGUCUAGAAUGAUUGUCUCGAAUUCCGAAAUGAUUGAUUAUUUCAUAUUAAUUUUGAUACAUUUUGUCUCAGUGUUUCUGUACUCAACUUAAGUCCAAUCACACUAAAGGAAAGCAGUUUUAAGGGCGAGCUUUAUAGCAUUCAUUAUUUAAAACUUAUAAAUGAUAAGUAUUGUUAUGGCCCUUUUGUUUUGGAGCUUUGAGGGUAGACAAAAUAUAAGUGUUAUUUUAAGGGUUUACUUGUACUAAUGGUACAUUUUUAUUUUUUAAAUGGAUGAUAAUUGAAUGGUAACCUCGCCUGCGCUAACGGUGUAUGGAUACGGAUGAUAGGUGAGAAUGAAAAGGCAGGUCAUCGUGAUGAAUACACCUGGAAUUCAGCACGAUGGUUUCCAGGGGAGACUCCGUGGAUGUUGACCUGACAGGGUAUAUUGCUAGCAAUGGGACUGGUAGUCCGCAUUACUAACAAUCCCUUACCCCCUUCACUAAUAGUCCUGGUAUAGUUGGUAGUCGAAAACUGACUAAUUAUUGCCUCUUAAUACUCAUUUCCAACUUUUUUUUUUUACUGAUCUCAAUUAAUUUAGGGAGCAAUUAAUGCAUUUAUUUUUAUAUUUUUAAUGAUUAUUAUUUUUAUAUUUUAAUUUAUUUGAGACGUAGAUAUAUUAAGGUAUGAAAAUAUUAUUCUAAACAAUGGUUAUCUGAAACUGUCGAUGUUAAAUAAUUAAUGUCAUGGAGCAACUAGUUUUAACAAUGUAAAAUCGUAAAUUUUGAAUUAAAUAAUAAGAUUUAUUAAUGCAUUGUCUUCGCAAUAAAAUAUUCAGAAAGAACGGUUUUCAAAAUUUGAAAUCGUUAUAGAAAUUCGAACAGAAUAGACUCGAUUUUAUAGUCACAAAGUCUUACUAGUAAAAAUGUAACUAAACAAAGUAAGUAGGAGAUAUUUAAAAAAAACAGUGUAUGAGAGAUAUUUGCAAGGACAACAGAAGUCAAUACAAUUAUUUUUAGAAUUUGUCUGUCUGUCUGUAUGUUUGUUCCGGUUAUCGCGCAUAAAUUACUGCAUCUAAUUGGAUGCUAUUUCCACAUUUAUAUUCCUGAAGGUCUAACUUCUAAACUGGUGUAUCUUUUAUUUUGAUACGCUAUUUAAUAAUAUUUUAAUAAGUAUGUUAUGUAAUUAAAUAGUAGGCAAGUAUGUAUAAGUUACACGAAGACAGUGAGUUUAUAUUAUUAAAAAAGUAUAUCUGACAGAAAAAGUGUACAUACAACCAUCACUAAACUAUGGACGAGCGCCCUCUGGUGUCGAAAUAAAACAAACCACUGAUGUUAGGUCGUUGCAUACAAUUUUCUUUUUAAUUAUAACAGACUCACCUAGCAUACGUGACAAAUAAAACAAUAGCGCCGUCUAACUUUUUGACAGCGCCUUCUGUUAUCAACCUUAGGUACUAAAAGAGACUAUCAAUGCAAUGUUUAUUAAAAACUUAUACAAGAAGAGUACAGACUCUUUCACGAAUUGUGACGAUAAAUAUCGAACCAGUUUCACACAUUCAACAUUUUAUUAGACAUACAGAUAAACACUUUUGAGUCAUCAAUGACACAUGUAAAUUUACAGCUAACUUCAUACAAUCAAAUAACAUAAUUAAAAGAAAAAAAAACAAAAGAUAAACUACAAAAAUAUGUUUUCGCCAUGUGUGUAGCAGUGACCCAAAUAGGCUACAGCUCAGUUUAAAGUUUUGCUUAAAAGCAAAACACUGAUUUUCAGCUGCAGCCUGAAGUUAGGUACUCGGAUGCGAGCAAUGCACUCAGAGUGUCUCUGUCCAAUUAAAAUCCAGACACAAUUUUGACCGAUCUGAACGAUGUAGUAGUUUAAUACACCGCUUCAGCUUACGAUGGAAGCGGAUUCGAUUCCCAUACGCAUAUUUGUAUUUAUGAGAACGAUGUAUCGGUCUAGAUUAGCCUUUCCCAAAGUAGGUGAUAACGCCCCCUUGUGGGCGCUGCAGGCCUAAAAGGCGACGGUAAGAGACCAAGAAAAAAAAAUGGCGGUAAUAUGAAUUGGGGUUGAUCUAGAAGCAAUAAUGGUUUUUAAGUAGGUGAAAAAAUGGGGGCGCUAAAAAAUAAUUUAUUCUCAAAGUGGGCAGUAGACAAAAUGAGUUUGAGUAACCCUGGUCUAGAUGUUUUGCAAUGUAUUUAUUUGUACAAAAAUGUAUGUACGGGUAUCGGCGUGUGAGAAAUCGGUAAAAUAUUUAUGAAAAAAAAAAUAUCGUUAAAGUAUAAAUUACAUAUAGAUGGCAUUGAGUCAUAUGUCCACUUUAUUUCUUAUUAAUAUGAAAAAAAAAAAAACUACAAAUUAAGGAAAGAGCACAAAGAGUCUGGACAUGUCCAGACCAAUCAAUCGAUUGGUUAAUCAUGAUGGGUAAAUACCCUAAUGUUUCUGCAGUAUACUAUAACAGCUGUUUUAUAUUACUAUGUAUAUAAAGAAUAUGGCUUAUGUGAUUAAAAUGACAUUAUUUCUGACUAUUUCUCUGUAUAUCCGAUAGUUGACUGGUAGAGAACACCUAUUUUUCUUUUUUUUACAAUAUUUAUUCCAGUGGCGUAACUAUACCAUUUGCGGCCUCUGGCAAAUUCUUCUGAUGGAUUUUAUUUUCUCACAAAAUAAAGUUGAAUUUGUUUUAUACAUGAAAAAUAAAUAUGUAUGUAGACAUAGCUACAUAUAAAAGGAAGUCAAGCCAUAUGUUAUGCGUUCAAGUUGAAACGAUUUCAAUGUGUUGUAAUAUAACUUUAUGAAUAAGUCAUAAUCCUGCCAAGGUGAGUCCAUCGCGGGUAUGGAAUUGAAAGCGUAUGACAAUAAUAUUGAGUGGUAACAACGCGUCGUCCAUCCUUGCGAGCGCCUGCGGUUGUCUGUAUAUCGCAAACGAGUGCUCCACUUGUCCAUGUAAAUAUUAAUAUAAAUUUAAUAAAUCUAAUAACAUAUAUGUACUGUCCAUAUUAUUUACCACCACAACGGUAACAGUCGAUAUAUGCGUUUCAGUUAUCAGCAAAUAAAUUCAUUUUGUAUUUACACAACGGCCGCCAUUUUGAUUUUAAUGCAUCUGUCAAAAAGAUCGUGUAUGAGGUCAUUUUUCUAUUAAUUAAUUUACCUGUUUUUGUACAUUGAAUACUUUUUAGACGUAAUGUGAAAAAAAAAAACAAAAAUAACAUAAAAUAUUUUAUAUAAAUACAAAAAUUGUAUGAGAAGUCCGGUACUAAAAGCAAUAUUCAUUACCUAUUGUUUAAAAAAUGCCACUCAACAACCUGCUUGCCCAGGUUUACUUAUGGGCUUAAAAUCCCCAAUAAAAAGAUCCAAUAAUGUGUGGUUCCCAAUGUGAAAAGUGUAGAAUCGACAUGUUGAAAGGCAUUAGGGAAGGCCUAGAUCCAACAGUGGAUAGAUAAAGGCUGAAUGAUGAUUUCUCAGUUACUAGACUAUGGUCAAGUCCUAAUAGCCAAAAUAGAACAUAUUCAGAAUAAACAUAGUCAGAAUUCGGUGUUGCAGGCGCACUUAAUGAUUUUUUUUAUUCAACUUAGAAUGGCAAACAAGCUGACGGCCCACCUGAUGGAAAGUGGUAACCGUCGCAUAUAGAAAUGAGCAGUACCAUGGAUAUAACCGAGUAUACUGUUUCGCCCAUGAUACCCUACAUGCGUUGCUAUCUUGAGGACUAAUGUGUUAUUCCUCUAUAUCCUGUAAAUUCACUGCCAUAUCCCACCCUUCAAACCGAAACACAGCCAUGCAAACACAACUGCUUCACGGUAGAAACACGAAUGGGACAGAGGUGCCCAAGCAAAACGACUUUUGUAAAAAGUCACCCUCUGGUUAUCCUAAUGUAAUUUAUAUCGACAAGUUGAGCAUAUUGUCAAAAGAAUAAUAAUUAUAAAUGCGUAAAAAUAAUUAUAUAUUAAUUACUGUACAUAUAUAUAUAUAUAUAUAUAUAUAUAUAUAUAUAUAUAUAUAUUUCUUGUUUAGUUAUGUAAGCAUUUGUAGUAAGUUAUAAAUUGUUGUUUUUCAAAUGAAUCUUAAAAACUCAUUACAAGCAUCUAUGAAAUAUUUUCAACCAAGUUAAAAAAAAGGAGGUUCUAAAUUCAGUUGUGUUUUCUGGUUGUUUGUUGUUCAUUGGAAUUACUUAAAUUUUUUCUGGUUCAUUAGAAUGACUAUUAUAGCGGAUUCAUUAAAUUAGUUAUUUAUUUGUAUGUAACUAUAUAAAUAUAUAUAUAAAUUCUGUAAAUAAACAAAUUACCACAUUUCCCCGUUGAAAUAUUUGAAAUAUGAAUUAUUAUUGUAAAUAUUUAUGUACUAGGUCUAACAAUACUCUUGUGCACAGUGUUCUGGCUUUAAGGCGACUGUGGUAAUCAAUAGUUGAAUAUCACAGUCAAUAGGCUAAACUGACCGUCUACCAUUAGACUGGCUGUACUCUCAUUUGCUACCUUAGUGGUAUAAAAAAAAAAUCCUUACAGAUCUACUACUUUUAUUUGAAUUCUAUCUUAUAUUUUUUUCGAGUUUAGUAUUGGACUCGGAAUUUGCAAACCAUUAUUUCAUAAUAAGACGUAUAAUCGUUAAAUUACAUACAUUUAAGUUAAUAUUCGGUUAAUAUAAUAUCUUUAGACCCAAUAUAUUUAAAUUAACUCGUGUCCCACAUUAUUAAUGCAUUUAAAACGCGGUGGGGCCAUAAAUUUAAUUAAAUUAUUAAUUAUAAAAGGUUUAUUAGAUUAAAUUCAUGUGUACAUAAAUUUGAACAGAGUUGAAGGUCUCUGGGGUCCAAGACCGUAUGUAGAUAGGAAAUUGAAGCACCACCGAAAUAAUUUGCGAUUAAAUAUAACUUGAGUGAGAACAGAAAUGUAACGCACUGAUAGUUUCCAUCUUGAAUUCUUGAUAUCGUUACCAUAAAUAAUAUUGUAAUGAAAGAAAAAAAAAGAUAUUCGAAAAAUCUGGCGAAUUCGUUAAAAGUAUUUGAAUUAAAAACUAAUUUGUAAAUUCCCUUGUUAAUUCAAUAUAUCUGUUUUUCUAAAAUAGCACAAUAAUAUCCUUUACAUUUCUAUUUAUUAAUAAUUAAAAAAAAGCGUUGUUCGCGAAUUAUCUGUUUUUUUUUUAAUAACGAUUUUUAAAAUAUACUUAUUUUUUAAGCUAUGUUUUUUGUUUUAUAGGUGUUCCAAAUGUAAAGAACGGUAGGUUCAAAAUGGCUUUAAACAAAGCUCAGGACAAAGCUUGAAGGAUUUUUGUGUAAAAAAUUAUAUUUAUUUGGAUUGACUUCAAAAUUAAGAAGCUUCUUAAUUCGGUUGUAAGUUUAUAUUAAUUACUAAAUAACUCUAUUAGUUAUAAACCGAUUUGAUUUUUUUUUAUCUGCAACUUACAGAUUACCAUAGAAAUUUUAUCAAAGUUCGUUCAGAAGUUUAGUUUUUAAUUCAAAAUAGUUGUUUUUUUUUUUUCAUAAUUGAAGUUUGUUUUUUAUGGAAUGCAAUUUUAAAUUUAUCUAUAUAGACACGAGCUUCGCAUGUGAUAUCGUGACAUUGUCAUAAAAUUGAGUUCAAAAAUCAUUUAUUGAAAAUAAUCAUUAUUAGAAUGUAUGAAUGAAUGAAUACACUUUAUUUGCAUUAUACAAUAUAGGAAAUAAGCAAGACAAUUAACAAAUAUAACGAUACAGUUGUAUAAGUACAGUGAGCCGGUCUUAUUGCUGAGUGCAAUCUUUUGUUUAUUUCGACAGCAAGAAUUCAAGAUUGAAAUUGCAAUGUUUGUCAGUCCAUCUUAUAUAUAAUAUUAUAUGUAAUAUACCUUUAAUUACUUAGUGUAAACGUAAUUAGAAAGUAUACCUAAUUAAAUUGUACUUUACAAAGAAUGUUCACUCUAGUCAUUGUACGAUGCGCUUAAUUACUUUAAAACUAUGUUUAUUGUUAUCGAAUAAUUAAUUUAAAUAAACGAACGGCCUGCCAGCGGCCGAGUUAACUAACAAAUGUGAAUAUUUUGUAGUUAAUAUUAUUUGUUGAUUAGAAAUGUAAGACUGAAAUAAAUGAUUGAUCACA